GUGAGACUGAAGAAAGUGAUUAAAUUCUACCUUUUCUCGUUGCUUAAAAACUCUUUGAGAUUGACACUUUCACUUUGCUAGGGUUCUAUGCAUAAAAUUGACAUUUGUAGAUCAAAAUUGCUGAAAAGCUGGGAGGAAAACAGGCAACAAAAUAUGUAAAACGCGGGAGUUGGGGGCAGGGCAAGUGUAUGCGUGGGGUCUUAAGCCCCAGUGCUCCACUAGGCAGUGGGAUACAAAUAUAACCCCUACAAACAGGAGUAAUCAGCAGUAAUGGGCAAUUCAGUUAUAUAAAAGGGCCUUAUAGGUAACCAGAGAGAAAAGUCCGCGUUCAUCCGCUUAAAACAAAAAUGAGAAAACAAAUGUACCAGACCAAAACAGCACUGUGUAAGACAAGCAUGUCCAUGAUGUAAAAGAAAACAUAAUAAAUACAUUCAUUCUGUAUCUUCUGAUAAGCAGUUUUCUGAAUUCUCAUCAUCAUUGUUAUCGUUCUAUCUUCUUAUUCUUAUUCGUUUUUUUCUCUUCCGACAUCAUAUUUUUAGAUCUCAUUGUUGUCAGUCUAUACGUGCUUAUAUUUAACCACAAUAAAAAUGGAAGAAUAUCGUGAUGCAUUGAUGAAUAAGAACAGUGCUGUGGUUUCAUCUUCGCUUACGACUCCGCUAGUCGAUAGCAAUCACCGGAGCCAUGAGGAGCAUAUAAUUCCAGUAAGCACAAAGCAGACGGAUGAAGAGUCGGUAUUGGACGAUAACUAUAAGGAAACUUUAGGAACUUCUACCUUCUUUAAGACUUGCUUCAAUGGCAUCAAUGCUUUAUCCGGAGUAGGGAUACUGUCAGUACCAUAUGCGCUAGCAUCAGGAGGAUGGUUAACUUUGAUACUUCUUUUCAUCGUUGCGGCUGCAACAUUCUACACAGGGUUACUAAUGCGAAGAUGUAUUGAUGUAAGCUCAAAGAUAAGAACGUAUCCGGAUAUUGGCGAGUAUGCUUUUGGGAAGAAGGGAAGAAUGAUGGUAUCUAGUUUCAUGUACUUGGAACUCUAUGUGGUUGCAACAGGAUUUUUGAUACUAGAAGGUGAUAACUUAAGCAACCUGUUUCCAGACAUGAGUUUCACAUUAGCUGGUGUUAGAAUAUACGGCCAACAGGGAUUCGUUAUGCUCGUUGGCCUUAUAAUUCUCCCAUCAAUGUGGUUGACUGACCUGAGCAAAAUUUCUUACGUAUCUGCAACCGGGGUUUUAGCUUCUGUCCUCAUCAUUGUUUCUGUCUUUUGGGUUGGUGCUGAAGAUACUGGAUUUCAUGCAAAGGGAAAGUUUUUUAAGUUGAAUGGAAUCCCAACUGGUGUUAGUUUAUAUACCUUCUGCUACUGUGCUCAUCCCGUUUUCCCAACAUUAUAUACGUCAAUGAAAGAUAAAAGACAAUUCUCAAAGGUUUUGCUACUUUGCUUUGUUCUAUGUACGAUUAGCUACGGUACAAUGGCUGUUUUGGGUUAUCUAAUGUUCGGUGAAAAUAUAAAAUCUCAGGUCACACUGAACCUACCAAUUGACAAAGUCAGUUCAAAGAUAGCAAUCUACACAACUUUGGUUACCCCCAUCGCAAAAUAUGCAUUAAUGGCAACGCCAAUUGUAAAUGCCAUUGAAAGCUCUUCUGGGAUUAACCACAACAACAAGAGUAUUAGGCUUCUAAUCAGAACCUUAUUUCUAGUUAGCUCUGUUAUCAUGGCUUUAGUUAUUCCAUUUUUCGGGUAUCUAAUGUCUCUUGUUGGAGCGUUUCUAAGUGCAACUGCUUCAAUUAUUAUUCCUUGUUUGUGUUACUUGAAGAUUAUGGGAACAUAUCGAAGCUGGGGAUACGAACUAGUGAUUAUCAUUGGGAUUAUUUUGAUGGGUAUUUCAGUUGUAAUUAUAGGUACUUACACAUCUCUUGAACAGAUUGCAAGUGAGUUCAAGUUGAGCUUUUGAUGCUAAUUUUUUUCCUAAUAUAUGUGAGAGUUCAUAAUUCAAUUUUCUAUUGUAAUUGUUUAGCCUUGAAA